AUGGCUCGCUUCUUUUCCAGACUCAGUCGCCGUUCGACUUCUCGAGUUUCAUCCGAAGCUCUUACAGACAAUUCUUCAUCCCGUCAGCCGGAUACCAGAGCCGACAUGGUAUUCUCUGUUCCGGAGCUCUCAGCAGACAAUUCUGUCGGGAACACAACACUCUACGAUACUGAUCAGACCGCUGAAAAGGACGAGUGGCUUGGGGGACUACAUAUAGGCGAGGCAUUAGCUUUGCUCUUACUUCGAAGGGUGUCUAACUCUGAGAGCAUCGCGUCUUUAAUGGAGUCCCUCCGUCAAGAACAUGAGGCCUUUCAGUAUGACCAUCUUUACCAUCAACUUCGCUUGAAGGGGGUUCGGCUGUAUCGAUUGUCUGAACAACGCUUCUUCCAAGGAGAUAUCAACUUCAAAAAAGAGUGCUUAGGGUGGAUCGGUGCCAUCCGUCGGCGGGGAACACUACAGGAACAACAUGUUCUAGAGGGUGCCAUUCAUGACACUUUUCGCAUGUAUUGUAUGGUUCCGAUCAGCCAAAGCAAUAACGCGAGUGCGGUUCACACAGUCGCAGCGGUGCAGGCAGAGCCAUCAGAUGAAGAUUCGGAUUCAACUGACACCGGGGUUGAAAUGUGGAAAUACACCACGACGCUGCAGGACAAAUUCCUGGGCAAGAGUUUAGCUCCUCUCUACCGAGUAUUGGAAAUUCAAAAGCACCCCGAUCCCCCCCUCUGGGAGUCAACGAUAACAUAUCGUGGCACGACCUUGUCCGCAAUGGCCGGAAACAGAAAGCUCGCAAAGCACAGAAGUUCCAAGAAAUUGUGCGACCAUCUUGAAAUCACAGUCGCUUGA